AUGACAUCCCUGGCGCUUAUGAUGCUAUUGAACUCCAAUAUCACUGACGCUACUGACACGAUCCGGGUGUUGCGACUUGCCCAGGAGCUGCCAGAGACUGGCCCGAGCCUGCAGUUUGAUCGACCGACCGAGCGCAUGUACAGCAUGUACCUCUACCAGGUCCAGGGCACCAACACCCUGCAGAUCAAGCUCUGGAUUCUGUCCUUCUAUGUGUUUACAAUUAUUCUGCUUGAUCUGCUAUCAGCCAAGAGCAUCGACGCCUCGACUAUUUACAAGCACACGUUUGGAUAUCUGUACUUGCUGACGUCGAUCGCGAUGGGGAUACUCUGCCACCGUUCGUCCUGGGAGUCUCUCGAUUUUCCAGUGAGGAUCUUUUGGAUUGUUCUCUUUGGACUCGAAAACCUGACCACCACGGUGUUUGCGCUGGGGCUCUUUCCCUCCAGUACCCCAGUGUCCAAGGGAUCGAUCAUCGCUCUGUCGGGAGUCGGCACAAUCGCAAUGAUCUAUCUCUCCGCAUCGUCCUACUACGGAACUGUCACCGCGACGGGUCUGGCUUUGACCGCUGCUCAUAUUGCCCUCACAAUCGUAUCGCUGAUGCAAGCCACCCCUGGAAACCAGUCUGGCUCAAUGAUGAACUCGCUUUACAUCGAGAUCCUGCUCUAUCUGUCCGUCAACUUUGUGGGUUUUGUUCGGAUCUAUAUGGUCGAGGUGCACAUCCGAAGGGCCUUCAUCAAGCACCGGAUCAUCUACAAGCAUCAGGAAAACAUUAUGGAGGCCCGCAACCAGAGCCACUUGAUGCUUGGGAUGAUUCUGCCGGCCAAGAUUGCCCAGCUCAUGAGGGAGAACGACUUUUACAUGUCCCCAGACUCGCUCAACAUGAUCCAGGACACAUUUCUGGAGCUCCACGGCGUCACGAUCCUGUUUGCCGAUAUUGUGGGAUUCACCGAGUUCUCGUCACAGAUACCGGCAUAUGAUCUCGUCGGGGUUCUCAGCGACAUAUUUUCAGAGUUUGACAACAUUGUCACGGAUUUUGGGCUGGAGAAGAUCAAGACAAUUGGCGACUGUAUCGAAGUUGCCGGCGGUGUCCCUGAGCAGCUCCAGUCGGAAACGCAGAUCGCCAACGAAGCCGAGAAGGUCUGCAUCGUUGCUCUGCUCAUGAUUUAUUCGAUCCGAAAGAUUUCGCAAAACAUCCGCCGCAACCUCCGCCUUCGCGUCGGAAUCCAUACCGGCUCCAUCUUGGCGGGCGUAGUGGGACUGUGGAAGUUCAAAUACGAUAUUUGGUCUCAGGACGUCGAGAUCGCCUCGCUGAUGGAGCAGAAGGGGACCCCUGAUAUACCCCACGUCUCUCAGAGCACCGAGAAGUUGCUGCGAAACAAGGGAAUGGUCUCCUUUGAGCCGGAUAUACGACUCGAUGCCUUUGGCAGGGAGAUCAAUACCUUCAAUAUCCCCACCGACUCCAUUUCCUUCAAGGACUUGUGCAGCAUCCGCUCGACACACAUUCGGCUCUAUACGUGUGAGACGGCCGAAGCACCCGAGCUCGAGGCGCGAUGGGCCGAGCCGGACCAGCUGCCAAGCGACUCGACCGACGAUAUCAAUGACGACAUGCACGCUGAAUCCAGGCGGAUCUUGAAGGGCGAAGACAGCGACACUGAGAUUCUCAGCUUCAGCUGCGAGCCUUCACAUCCACCGCUCGCGAACAGACAGCUCUUCACCGAGCCCAAGGACCUUGCUCGCAACCGCCAGCGACCAUCACAACGAUCGUCGCAGAGAUCGUCGCAGCGGAUUCCUGGUGUCCAUAUCUUCAAAGAGAGCCUCAACGACUCACUGCGAUCUUUCCAGUGCAGCAUCGGGCGGUGGACCGGGUUCUUCCUUGAUCAAUCACAGGAGCGAGACUACUGCAGGCACUACAUGAAGAACCACAUGGCAGCGCUGUUCAUCACUGCAGGCGUCACCUUUGUCGUCUAUAUCAUCUUGUUUACGUCCCAUGUCCUUCUGGUUCCCUCGGAGUACCUCUUGCUGAUCCUUGAGGGGCUCGGUGGGCUCGUCUUGCUUGCUGUGAUUAUCGGGGUCUACCACUCGAAGAUAUGGCGCAGACUCGGCGAUGCGAUAGAGACCAAGUACGACGAGUGGAUUGAGUUCUUCCAGCACAUGCACCGGACGGUGCUCCCCUUGAGCCAAAAGCCUCGCCAGCCCAAACGGAAGAGCAAGGAAUCGUCGCGGUCAUGUUUGCCUAAUUUAUUCGCCCUGACGACGAUCUGGUUUUCGUUUGUGGGCAACCUGGUGAUUGCGAUCACACACCCGAGCGCCCGCAUCCAGUGCAUCACAUGCGUGGUCGUUGUUCUGAUGAUGCACACCAUCUACGUGGGCAUGAAGAUGUUUCUCUUUAGCGUUUCGAUCCUUGUGUGCGCUGUGAUCUUUUCGAUCCCACUGCUGGUCGACAAGUCGCCACUGCUGGAUAUCUACACGGCUCAAACGAUAGUGCCUAUCCUGGCGGUCGCGGUUACCCUCCUGUUUUUCACCAACCGCAAGGUGGACAUGCUUGCGCGGACCAACUUUUACCUCAAGACACAGAACGAGGACCUGUAUACAUACAUGAAGCAGGCCCAACAGAGCGCUGAGAAACUGCUGCUCAACAUUCUUCCGCUCUCGGUGAUCCUGAGACUGAAGGAGAAUCCCUUUACACACAUUGCCGACGACCGAGAGGACGUGUCGAUCCUGUUCACGGGCAUCACGAACUUCCUGCCGUUCGAGCAAGCUUCGCAAAAGCACACGAUCUGGCUCCUGAAUGCCAUCAUCUGCGACAUUGACGAGUGCUGUGCCUCCUUUGGAAUCGAAAAGAUCAAGACGAUUGGAUCCAAGUACAUGGCCAUGGCCGAGAACCAGGGAGACCACCCGCACUACCACGUCAAACAGAUGAUCGACUUUGCUCUGACCCUGAAGAAAGUGAUUCGCGACUUCAACAAGCGGACGAAUCAAAAGUUUCUCCUGCGGACGGGAAUCCACGCGGGCCCUGCUGUGUCUGGUGUCAUUGGAACCCGAACUUUCACCUUCGAUGUGUGGGGCGACACCGUCAACGUUGCGUCGCGGAUGGAGUCGACGGGCAAGGAAAACGAAAUCCAGGUGACCGAGGAGGUGUACCAGCGGCUGCGGGGCGACUAUGAAUUCCAGCCGAGGGGCUCUGUCGAGAUCAAAGGCAAGGGCUGGAUGCGAACGUACUUUGUCCGGGGCUCGGUUGUCAAGUACUAGGCCGAUCAGCCGCCAUGCCGAAUACACCGACAUGGUGCUGGGACUUGCAUUGGCGAGAACCCAGGCCCGGAAAUCAGC